CCUCAUCCAACACUGAUCACUUCGCGCUGCAGGCCUCGAUCAGCUUGAGCCUGAAAUUUUCAUCGACGGACAGAACUUUUACCAAGGUCGGACUGUAGACACUAUUAUUUGCCGACAAACCUUUGCACUCAGCAAUGUAUAUCUCUACCCAGUGACGGAAGUACGUUGCGAUUAUCUUUGGUUGGGACCAUGGCACCGGAACUCUCAUCGAACUGGAAGAAGCUCCAGGCUCAGAUCAAGGCUGAGUCAACUACUCAGGAGAAGGGCAAGGGAAAGAGGAAAGGAGAAGAAAUUCAAAAUCAAGGGUCUCAGAGUGUGCCGAAUAAGCGGCAGAAAGUCCUGGGGAAGAGCAAGAGCAUCUCCGAGAAGUCAACUGCCCCUCCUCAGCAACGACACGGCAAGACAAAAGCGCCAAGCAGGCCACAGAUGGGCAAUGUCCAAAGUUCCAGAGUUGUUGAAGGCGGAGCCAAGUCAGGGAUAUCGCCAUCCCUCGCCCUCUGGGCCGAGGACAAUGGAAUCUCAGCCGAGGAUCUCGCCGAGGCUUACGGGCUUGGGAUUCAGGACAACUCGAUGAUCAGCACAGCUUCCGACCGACCCAACGAAGGUCUUGCCCCAGGCAUUGAGGUUGGCAAGUACAUUGCCAUCGACUGUGAGAUGGUUGGAGUUGGAGAGAACGGCUAUGAGUCUGCUUUAGCAAGGGUCAGCGCUGUCGACUUCCACGGCCGACAGGUUUACGACUCGUUUGUUCGGCCGAAAGAGCGAGUGACGGAUUGGCGCACACAUGUGAGCGGUGUGAGCCCGAAACAUAUGGCCACCGCGAGGAGUUUCGAGGAAGUUCAGACACAGGUUGCGGAACUGCUGAAGGGAAGGAUUCUCGUCGGCCAUGAUAUCAGACACGACCUGCAAAUUCUCUUACUGAGCCACCCUUCAAAACUCGUGCGAGACACGGCCAAGUUCUCGGGCUUCAGGAAGUACGGUCAUGGUCCAAAGCCGUCUCUGAGGGUUCUCGCCAAAGAAAUCCUCGGCGUCGAAAUCCAAUCCGGUCAACAUUCGAGUACCGAGGAUGCUCGCAUUGCAAUGUUGCUCUUCCGCCGCUUCAAGUCGGGAUUUGAUGUUGAGAAUGCAAAUCGAUUUCCAGACCCGACGCUGCCCUCAAAGUCCAAAUCACAGUCAUCUAAGUCCAAGAAGAAGCGAAAGAAUUGAUGAGCUUGCGCUCAAGUGCUCCUAUCCUUGGCUCGCCAUCACGACAGGUAUCAGGUCCAAUAUGCGGUUUCAGUUCCUCAGGAAUAUGCGUCGAUUUGGCGGCGCCUCUAUCAACCGUGGUCUAGCUCAAACAUGGCCUAUUAUCCUUCCAGAAUCCAAUAUUGACCAUCCAAUGCGGCCGUUCCUCAUAAAGGGAUCCCCUCCAUCAACUCUAUUGCGCCUUCUCGCCCAACCGUGAUGAUGACAUCACCCAACGUCUUGGUGACAAAUCCUGCUUCGCA